GAGCUGAGAGGACAGGAGCGACAGUCAGCGUAUAGACGUCGGCUUGUAUACACCGCCAGCAACCCGCGCUGCCUGAGAGCUGCUUCACGCGUAUGCUGCACCCGCGAACCCACAUGGCCUGCCCCGCCACCUUCCCUCCGCCCUAGUUCCUGCUACUGCCGCAGUGCUAUCCAGGAUAAUGCCCACUUCUCGUGACCUUAUUUCUGAGAUAUGUUACCCACUUGGGGCCGCUGUGAACGGAAAAUAGUGAUACGAGUAAUCUGUGAGGGCAUCGUCACCUCCCAUUAACCAUGACGAGGAGGCUUGUGGUCAAGGCGUGUGGCAGCGCCCUCCUGAGCACAUGUCUGCUGCUAUGGGUUGCCAGGGGCACCUCGGGCAUGGCUUCAGAGGGUACCGUGGUGCUCGACACCCCAAGCGGUAAAAUCCGAGGGGAACGGUACGUGCUGGCCGAUGGCUCGCGGGGCAUGAGGUUCUUGGGCAUCCCUUAUGCUCGCCCCCCCGUCGGUGCUCUGCGUUUUGCCGCGCCGGAGGAGGCGAGUCCCUGGGAUGGUGUGCUGGACGCCCGUCGAUUCGGACCCAUGUGUUACCAGCCACUGGAGAACGAAGUCUGGGACACCGUCGAGUCCAACGUGGACUUGGGCCACCUCGAGGACCAGCUGAGGAAGGCCUUGGCGCAGGAGCUCGGGGAACUGCACGAGGAGGAUGAGGAAGAGAUAGAGGACGAAGCAAGAAAGGCGGCGGAGGAGGCACAGAGACGAAGGAAACUGAGGAAGGAGGAGGAAUGUAAGGGUGCUGAGGUGGAUGGAGGUAGGCCAGAGUGCCACGAGUGGAACCUAGACGACACAGUGCCAGUGUCAGACGAGGCAGAAGUGUUUCGGACGAGUGGGCCAGGUGCCACCACACACACCAGUAGUGACACUAGUAGCAACAGUAGUGAUAGUACUCAUAGUAGUGUCGAAUUGAGUAGUGAUGAAACACAUUAUAAAAAUAGUGGCGAGCUUUUAUUUAGAAGACUAAGAAAUGUAAACAGUGCAAGUCCGAAUGCAGACCUUCCCCAGACCCCAGAACCUGGUGUAGACGGGGCCGCGGGGUCCCUCCCUCUGUCCUUACAGAAAACCAGUGAAGGUGUCAAGGAGAGAAAUCUCACAGACAAAAGAGAAACCCUCAUUAGACCAAAGGGAAUCUACAAUAAGAAAGCGUCGGCAGAGGACGUGAAAAAACCCGACAUGGAGUCUUUGAAUAAAAACUCCGAGAGGGAAGGGGAGCCAGCAAACGACAGCGAGUACCUCUACAUGAAGCAGAAACGCGUCGGGGAGUACAACAUGUCUGAGGACUGCCUCACACUCAACGUCUACACACCGCUCAUAGAAGGUGCCGGCAGUGCGGGCCGAGGGACCAGGAGGCGGGGGGCCAACGCCACCAUGCCCGUCCUCCUUUACAUCCACGGUGGAUCCUUCUACUCCAACGGUGGCCGCCUCUACCCUGGGGAGAAGCUCGCCUCAGAGGGCAUCGUUGUCGUCACCAUCAACUACCGCCUCGGGCCCUUCGGGUUCCUGUCAACGGGGGACUCCACGUCGCGGGGAAAUUGGGGUCUUCUGGAUCAGCGGCUGGCCAUGCUAUGGGUGCGACGCCACGCCCAGUACUUCGGUGCCCAUAAGGACAAGCUUCUGCUUGUGGGCAACUCCGCCGGCGCCGCCUCCGUCAUCCUGCACCUUGUCUCACCUCUCUCCCAGGGGUUGUUCACGCGGGCAGUGGCUCUGUCCGGCUGUGCCCUGGCGCCUUGGUCCCUGCAGACACGACCCAAUCAUUUCGCCCAGAAGCUGGCGGCUGACGUGGGCUGUCCACAGACUCCCUCCACCGAGCUGGUCGACUGCCUCAGACGCACCGACCCCCAUACCAUCAACGAGGUAUAUGAGAAGGACAACUUACAGGACGGGUUGUGGCUGACCUUCGCCCCUGUAGUAGAGGGUGACCUGCCUGGGGUGUUCCUGCCGCGGGCCCCCAGGAGACUGCUGGAGGAGGGCUCGUUGCCUCCUGUACCCCUCAUCAUGACCCUCACCAGGGAUGAGGUCUCCAUCUGGUUUAGGAAAAAUGAAUCUUUUCCUCCAGAAAACAUCGACCUCAGUCUGGGUGACGCUGAGAAGUGGAUGGACAUGUUGAUGAAACUAAAUUUCCCUGAGCUGGAGCCUCUAGCACUGGCCGCCGUCAGGCACGCCGUCCGUGCCUCCUACCUCUACCGCAACGGCUACCACCACACUCCCGCCGCCCCUCAACCGAUGGUCCCCAUCAAGGUCAUGGCUGAGUUGAUCUCUGACCUCGGCCUGCGGGUGCCCUGUGUGGAGGAGGCAGGGCUGCUCAGUCGCUGGACUAGCCUCUACUUCGCCGAAUUCUCCUACGCUUCUCCUGAUGACGUGCGUGUGGGAGACCAGAAAUGGAUAGGUUCCUACCAUGAGAGUGAACUGCAGUUUGUGUUCGGUCAGCCAUUUCUGGGUCUGAUGAACACCCUACGAGGCCCGGACGAUCGCUCAGUUGCCACCACCAUCAUGAGACUUAUCAUCUCCUUCGCUCACACUGGCAGGGUGCCGGAGUUGAGAGGGCUACAGUGGCCAACAUACAACAUGAGUCAUCUCGUGCACCUUGAGAUGAGUGAACACCUGUCCCUUAGUCACAACCUCGUCCAGCACAGGUUGUGUUUCUGGCAGCGGUUCAUCCCUCUAAUGACGGCGUGGCCCAUGAAACCUCCAAACGACGAAAAGGGUGCGGCGGCGCCCCUGGCCACCCCCAGCCUUGCCCUACUUCCCCUGCUGCACCUCUUACAUCAGGCUCUUACCUAGACUAGCCUCACACAUCUUGUUAUCUUUAUAUAAUAUAAUUUUUGUCAUAAUGAACAUUUUAUAGUAUCUAGGGAAGAACUGAGAUAUUUUGAUAGAUAGCAAGACAUAUAUAAAAUACUUUGUACCACUCAUUCAUACAUCAUGAGACUCAUUUCCCCAUCAGUCAGACAAACAGUGUGACACACACUAGUGUGGGCGACCACACUAGUUUAUAUAUUCUUUCUUUUAGUAAGAUUUCAUGGUAUUUAAUUAAUAUUUUUUUAUCAUACAAACAGGAAAUUCUGCACCUUCAGUCUGAAUUUUUAGAUGUAGAACGAGUUUGAAAGUAAAAAAAAUCAAUAAAUUCGUGUAAAGGAGAUGUUAACCUGAUUUAGUAAAGAUUGUCGACCAAUUAAGAGUGAAUAUGAUCUUGUUUGUUCUACAAAAUAUACAUGUAUACACUUCAGUGCCCAUAAUAUUCUAAAAAAAUUACGAGUAAAUGUUGAAAAUUUUCUCCUAGCCGGGAAUGAGAGUUUGUUAGGUUAGGGAAGACUCCCAGUGUUUUUUGUUUUUUUUACUUGUGUUUGGGCGUUAUCUUUGAGAGUAAGUCAGCCAUUUACAAACGGUCUCACGUCCUCUUAAGAUAAAAAUUCAACAUAUAACUCUGAGAAUUAAAGCCUAGUUUUGGUUU